AUUUAACAAGGGAUGUCAGCAGUGAAGAACCUAUCUCUUAAAUUUCACAUGUCGUCUAAUUUCCUAAAAUGGUAUCAAGACUCGUUUGAUGCUGGUACUCAGCUGUUUCUUGGUAAUUACAUAGUACAAAACGUGCAGGUGAUCGCCAUUGACGCUGCCUAUAAAAGCUAUGAGGAGUUGCUGACUACAGCUGGAAGUAAUCAUCUGCGCAUCCGACUAUUGACUACUUCUUCAGCCAUUUUGAAUUUGCGACACAUACGUUAUGAAUGACCUCUUGCCUUGAGGCAUUGGGCAUAUCUGAGAAGCAUACUUCUGCGGCGUAACUCGCGCUAAACUCGGCAGCCAAGAACUCACCUUAUACGGCUGAAAUGUCACGAUCGAAAUUGUCAAGUCAUAGCGGACCACAGGAACGCAUCGGCCGGGUCAACGAUUAGAGAUGCCGAGCCCAAAGUUGAACUUAGUUGUUGUCAGCAAUAUCGCUGGCGUGAGAUUCAUGAGCGACCAGGAUGCAAGGAUGGUUGUAUUGUUUUGCUCGAACUGAAAAAUGGUGUCAACUGUCGAAGUUGCUGAUAACCUAUGUAUAAAUUGCCUCUCCUCGUCGCAUCAUCUCGAGGCAGUUGACCGCAAGUCGACAUCAUAUCACCACCUUCAGUUAGUAACCGCGCAACCAUGACACCGCCUUCGAGUUUCUUUGCCUUCCUGGCACUCUGCUCAGCCAAAGUGCUUGCGAACCCUACUGCUGCUCUUCUUGGAGACUUGCUUGACAUAGUUUCUCUAGAUGUAGCGCCACUGAUCACUGAAGUUGUGACGACGACUUAUCCGGCAUCCACGCCAACGACGUAUACCACGUCCACCUACGAUACUUCGUGCCAAUGCCAUUAUUCGACCAUAUUCUGGUGGACUCCCCAUCCUCACCAUUCUUACGACCCCCACCCGUACCCAACGACAUCGUCUUCGGCACCAGGUCCUACCACUGUUACCGUGACUGAAACCACAACAGUCCCAACCACGACUACUGUUACAGCUACUGCAACAGUGACAGAACCAUGUACUCCGACACUUACUUGCGACAAGUAUGGUUAUCUUAUUCAAGCUGUCACCUUAUACCAAGUUGAUCUUUCCACGGGUGACGUGACUGUGGUGAAAGACCACCUAGGCGAUGACACAACGAUCAACGCCAUGGCGUACAACACCCUAGACAAUUUCUUGUAUGCAAGGCAGAGAGGCAACAACGAGCUCAUCCGAAUCUCAUCUGACGGCACGACCGAAGUCGUCACUACGUUCCCAGAUAACAACAAUGUUAAUAUUGGCGACAUCGACACAGAUGGAAAUUACUGGUAUGCAGGCGGCGACUCAUGGUAUCAGAUCGAUCUGAGGCCCGGUUCAGCGACUUACGGCACCUUGAUCGACAGUGGCAAAGUCGACAAUCUUGGCUUGAGCAUCGCCGACUGGGCAUACCUGCCCGUCGGGGGUCCCUACCUGUACUCCGCCGCCCACAACACUACAGCCGGUGGCGGUACCACGCUCAUACGAUUCAGUCUUGACACGAAGAAAUACGAGGUCGUGCAGCGCUAUCCCAAUAUUGGCGGACAUACCUGGGGAGCCAUGUAUGCCAUCAACAACGGUACCUUGUACGCCAGUGACAACACGAAUGGUGAGAUCUGGGCAUUCCCGAUUGAAGGGGGUAGCAGGCCGUACUUGGCUUCGCAGGGGCCAAUCUCUGGCCAAAAUGAUGGGGCUCGCUGUGUCUUGAAUUUGGACGUGUGAGAUUUCGUAGGCAGUUGACAUUCAUUCGUCGUAUAGGAUCGGAUAAUGAGGUGAUGAUGGAGACGAGUUGCAAGGAAUUUUAUUACUGGGCUUCUCAUUUCACUUCUCACGGGUUGAAAAUAGCCUGGUUAAUGUAUUUAAUGUAUAAUUUGACAACAUAUCAAAAUGUAAACG